AUGUGGAUGUGGAUGCAAUAUGCUUUGAGUUUGCGUCAAAAAUUACUAUCAUUAUUAUGUAACGAAGACGGCCGAUUUCGAGAAGAAAGAAAAGAAGAAAAAGUAUCGAAAAGAAAAAGACUUUACACGUCAAAAUCAACUAAAGAAGGUGAUUUUAUUGAAGGUGGGUGCGAAGAAAUUUACGAUUUAGUCGAAGAAGAAUACGGAUUCGAGGAAUUUUGCGAAAUAAUAACAUCGAGGUGUUUAUAUUUACUAUUUAAUAUAAAAGAAAUCAAUUUAAAUUCGCCAAUUUCCUGUACGAACCUCGACGAGACUUUAUCACCCGACCACCUCGAUAUAAAAGAAUCUCUCGACUCUUUCUACAUAAAACAUAUUUGCGCGAACGUUUUAGAUUUCGUUUGCGAGGAGACGUUCCAAAAGAGUCUCGAUGAAUCCGAAAAGUACGUCGAUUUAUUCGCCCAUUUAUUCUCUGAUUUACAAAAUCUCCAUGAUACUCUUCUUCACCAAAAAAUUAAAGCUGAGGCGCGAUUACGUAGCUUAACGAUAAUGCAUCAAUUGUUAUUAAAAAACGAUGCAAAAACCCCAACCGUUUUAUACUGCAUCCACCAACAAUUAUUAACGGGUUGUUUUGGGUUAAUUAAUAUAAGAUCUGAGCAAUCUUGCACUGAGUAUCAUUAUUUAGAUGGAAUUGAAGCCUCGCCGUUAAAAAUACGCGAAAAUAUUUGUGAUUUAGUCCAUGAUAUUCAAAAAAAAUUGGUGUUGUUUUUGAGUACGGCGAUUGAUGAUCAAUCGAUGAAACAAUUGCAGUUAAUUACAACGUUUUCUUUAUGCAACGUUUAUAAACCGGCCGAUUUAAGUUUGGUGAUACAAAACGGUUUGAUGGAGGUUUUAAUGGAGGUAACAACGCCGAUUUUAGGCUCGAAUAAAUUAACGAGUCGCUCUCAAAUUUUAACAAUCGCGGCGUUGAGAUUAACUCACAUUUUGGCGGUGUCUUGUUGUAUUUAUUCGAAGAAAUUAGAUUCAAUGAUAACAGAAAAAAUUAUCGAUAACAUGUACGAACAAUUAAACAUGAUUUUAGAAAAUAAACCAACGAAUGUAUCUUGUUAUUUAAACGCUUCGGUUUUAACGAGGGCUAGAACGAAUUACGAAAAAAUCUUGGGAAAUUCUUUGGUUUUUUUGCGCACUUUAGCUUCGAGCAAUUUAAUCCAAAAGAUUUUGGCUUCAAAGAAAUGGGUCGACUCUUUAUUAAUAAUAAUUGGGGAUAAAUACGGGAUACAAACAACAAAUCAACCUUAUGGGUUAAGAUCGAAACUUUUAGCUUUACAACUUUUACAAGUUAUUUUAUCUGGAUUAGAAGACCAACACAUUUCAAAGGGGGAUCGAGAUUAUUUAAUCGAAGAGUUGAUGGAGUCACUUUCAAAUUGUUUUUGGUUAAAACCCGAAGCUGAAAAAUUAAGCUUCUCAUUAGACACAAUCGACGAAUUUCAACAUCACAUCACCGAACAACCCGAAGAUAGCGUCGCAAUGGAAACCGGUUUUGAUCGGGAGAAAUGCUCAAAUUGCAUCAUUGAAAGUAAUUUAACGUUAUGUCACGAACCAGGGGGGAGAGGAUACGGAUUAGGGAUGUCUUGUAUCAAAUCGGGAUGUUAUCAAUGGAAAAUUUUGAUUGUUAAAGAAAAUAAGGGUAACGAAGGAACUUGUAUUGGAGUCGCAAGGUUUCCAAUUAAAGAUUUUAGCCACCGAUCAACGAAUGAUAUGUGGCUAUAUCGCGCUUACAACGGAAGUUUGUACCAUAACGGCGAAAACGAUUUGUGUUUACCCAGUUAUACCCAAGGCGAUUACAUCACGGUCGUUUUGGAUAUGGACGCGAAAACUUUAAGUUUUGGAAAGAAUGGGGAAGAACCCAAAUUGGCGUUUGAAAAUAUUGACGCAAACGAAUUAUACCCGUGCGUUAUGUUUUAUAGCACAAAUCCCGGGGAGAAAGUUAAAAUUACCGAUAUGCAAUGUCACGGGACUCAAAGCAAUUUGUUACCGGGGGAACCCCAUUUAACACCGAUGGCUGGAAUAGUUGCGGAAGCCCAUAUUGGAUUAAUUAGAAACUUACAUAAUUCGAAUACAUGGACUGAAGAG